AUGCCGUUCCUCAGAACAUCACGAGAGGCUCUUCGACUCUACCAAGACUACGACAUUGAACACCCAGAGUCGAGCUCAAUCAUCAUCCGUUACUUCCACUCCAACGCCUUACAUGCCCUCGGCAAGACUAGUGUGUCAUGGCAUGCUAUGGGAGAGGCACUACGACUCGUGCAAGAGAUGCGGUUGUACGAUGAGGAAUCAUUCCGUAAUCUCGAGUGGCCUGAGGCCCAAUUGAGGAGGAAUACCUUUUGGCAUCUCUACAUUGGGGAUAAGUCCGCCUCAAUUCUCAACAAAGUUCCCAUCUCGCUUCAUCAGAUCUGCCUGGACACUCCGAUCACUACCAUAUUUGAGGAGACAGAGGAUUGCAAACUCAUUGAGGCCGGCCCUGAAUCCGAAACUGCGGAUUUUGAGCGCCGUUUGCGUCAGUGUUUCAACUUAUGCUUCCAGCUUUGGUAUACGGCUUCUGAAAUGCUCGUCGACUUGAACUUCCUGUCACGACUAUACGACAAAAGUAGAUCGCUGCACUCGGUCACUUCGAAUGAUGCAUCAGAGUUAAAGAAAUCUACCAUGCAAUUGUAUUUCGACUUCACCAGCUUUCUCCGGAACUGCCCAACUUGGGUUCGUGAUCCCAAAACUGCGUUCUCGGGAACACUCAGCGAGGCGACAGCCCAGUUCCGCAUUCGUGCAAUAUUUAUUCAGAAAGCCAACCUGUUUGUCACCUUUCAUACGUUGCGCCUGGUUCUGCUUAAUCGUUUUUCAGAGCGAGGCUUCAUCGAAGUUCUAGGACUGAUAGACGAUUCAAUGAUGCUUGCUAUGCGCAAAGUCGAGAUAGCGAGCGAUCUCUUGGAGGCUGUGUCGGAUAUUCCCUUUGAGGCCUUACAGGCCAACGGAGAACCUUGCGUUGAGAAGCUCCGACAAGUCGGCGUGGCUUUGCUUGAAAUCAUGCACAAUGUCGGCAGCGAGGCCAUAUCCACUCGUGCUAGAUCUCUCUUUGGCACGCUAUUAGACAUUCUGGCCCGGCUAAAUUCGAGAAUAUCGGACGAGCUGAGCAAUGAUCGCGAGUCAUGA